AUGCGUCUCCGCGCGCGUUCCCUCGCGCUCGCGCUCGUCGUCGGCGUCGCCGCGUGCGGCGCCGCCCCCGCGCUCGCGGCGCACGACUCGGCCGCGUCGACGUCGUCGACGUCGCUCGACGACCGCGGCGGCGGCGGCGGCGAGGCGAAGGCGAAGGCGCAAGCGAGCGGCGACCCGCCGUGCCUGGCCAUCGACUACUCGAACAUCGGCCAGCUCCGGGAGCCGUGCGAGGACCCCGCGCUCGCGUGCGACGACGCCAACGGCUGCGUGUGCGUCUCGUCGCGCCGUCGCGCGCGCGUUUCCGCGUCGUCUCGCGGCGAAGGGCCGACCCGAGCGUCGGACUGA